GCUCGCGGAGUCUGCAGCUGAGCAGGGCGCGGGCGGGACGAGGAGGUGGCAAAAAUGUGCGCGACUGGGCGGGGGGCGGCGAUCCUGGCGGGAUCCCGGGCGGCCCCUGACCGGCUGGGCAACCUUGGGGGAGCGGACUCCGUCUGUGGAAGAAGGUGUGGAGCCCGCGUCCACUGCCGGCCCGUCUUCCUCCCUCUUUUCCUGCCGGCCUUUGCCAUAUAGGCCUAAGCUGCCUUCUCCCGAGUGAGCAGGUUUCCGUUUAGACGGCCAGGCCCAGGAGGAACCUGAGGCCAAGGACGCGCAGGGAAGGCUACGCGCGACGCACGGUGGGCACUCGGGCGCCACCACGGGGAACAGGGGCCGCGGGCUGAGGCGGGCCGGGCGGCGAGCUGCGUGGCAGAAGGGGAUGUCCCUGCGCCCCCAAAGGAGGCGACCGGGCAGCCUGGAAGAGGGUACCCGCCCCGAUGCCCACACUGCGCCUCCGGCCCCUCCCGACCCCUCCCACUGAUGCCUCUCCCCCCGGAUUCUGGAGCCUGUAGGGGAAUGCCGUUGUUGCUGCUCUGCGUCGUGUCCACCGCUCUUCCACGAUUUAUCAGAGCAGAUGCUUGCGAGGACGUGAGUAUGCAGGAUACUGUGUCAGUGGGCCAGCCUACGGCUUUUCACUGCAUAUACCCUCUGCCAACAUCUGGGAAGGUAGAUGCAACAUGGUAUAAAUAUCCUAGAAAAAUCCCAGUAUCCAAAAACAUACAGUCUCGAAUCCACCAGGACCAAAACUGGAUUUUGUUUCUCCCCGUGAAAGGGGAGGACUCUGGGAUCUACUACUGUGAUACAAAUGAUACAAACACCUGUCCCAGAAUGCAAGUCAACCUCACUGUAUUUAAAAAACAUUGGUGUGGUACUUCUGGAAACAGUCAACCGCAUGUGCCAGAUGAGUACAAACAGAUUUUAUACGUUGGAAGAGAUGACAUUCUUAUAUGUCCUCUGAACUUCCCAAACAGUUUUCAUUUGGAUUCAGUAAAGUGGUAUAAGGACUGUAAAGAGAUUGAAGGAGAACGAUUCAUUUCUCGGAGAAAGAAGCUUUUAGUGAAGAAUGUCUCGACAGAGGAUGGAGGGAACUACGCGUGUCAAGCCACGCUCACAUACGCAAAGCAGCAGCACACUGUUUUAAAUAGCAUUUCUGUGAACAUCACAGAAAAAGUGGGAAAUGGAAGAAGAAUCCCUAAGAUCAUUUAUCCAAAAAAUAAUUCAAUUGAAGUAAAACUUGGCUCCACCCUCAUCGUGGACUGCAAUAUAACAGACGCAUGGGGUAACACAAACCCGCGCUGCUGGAAGGUCAAUAAUACAUUGGUCGAUGUUUACUACAAGGAAUCUAAACGAAUUCAAGAAGGAAUCGAAAACUACACUGUUUCUCAAGGACACAUGUUUUACACAGUGAACAUAACCUUCUUAGAAGUGAAAAUGGAAGAUUAUGGCCGCCCUUUCACAUGCCAUGCUGGAGUGUCUGCAGCUUACGUUAUACUAAAACUCCCAGUUCCAGAUUUUCGAGCUUACUUGAUAGGAGGGCUUCUUGUUUUGACCAGCGCGGCGGUGUCUGCCAUGUGUAUCUACAACGUGUUUAAGAUCGACGUUGUACUUUGGUAUCGAAGUGCCUUGCAUUCUGCAGGGCCCAUAGAAGAUGGGAAGCUGUAUGAUGCAUACGUCUUGUACCCCAAGCCUCAAAGAGAAAGCCACAGCCAUGAUGUGGACACUCUGGUGUUGAAGAUUCUCCCCGAGGUGCUGGAGAGGCAGUGUGGAUACAAGUUAUUUAUAUUUGGCAGGGAUGACCUUCCUGGACAAGCUGUGGUCAAUGUCACUGAUGAAAAUAUUAGGCUGUGCAGAAGACUGAUCAUCAUCAUAGUUCCCGAAGCGCUGAGCCUUGACCUAUUAAGGAACAUGUCAGAAGAACAAAUCGCAGUCUACAAUGUUCUCAUCCAGGAUGGGAUAAAGGUCAUUCUGAUUGAACUGGAGAAGGUCAAGGACUAUACAACCUUGCCAGAGUCCAUUCAGUACAUCAAACAGAAGCAUGGGGCCAUCCAGUGGAGUGGGGACUUCACAGAGCAGUCACAGUGUGCAAAGACCAAGUUCUGGAAAAAAGUGAGGUAUCACAUGCCACCCAAAAGGUGGCCACCUUCUCCUCCCGUCCAGCUGCUAAAGCACACGCCCUUCGACCUCAUGGACAGCAAGCGGGAGGCCAACGUGGGGUUCAUCACCCCGUGAUGGAGAGUUGGUUGUCAUGUGGUGGCUCACACUUAAAUUAGGAUGCAUUGCAUUUGGGCCAUUCGCUUGAGGCUUACGGCUGUGUACUCGUGGAAAGGACUGUGUUUAUUUGCUCAUUUUGGUCAGAGCUGCUUCUUUAGGGAAAGACAUUACCUCUCCCGAAGCCCUCGUUAACUGACUGGCGCUGAACACUCUUGAACACUGAUGAGCCUGGAGCAUUAGCGUUUGAGCCCCUGGGGAUGGGACGUGGAGGGUUGUAGAGCGACAGUUCAGAUGUCAGGUGGUUUGGCAUGUGGUGUGGCCCUGGUGGGGCUGGGUAGCCAGGAUACAGGAGGGCAGUGUGGGCUUGGGUAGGGCUAGCAAAGGUAAUGGCCCUCACUCUUCAUGCCUGACCAGUUGUGCAAGGCCCUUGUCCUCAGGGAAUAUUUGCUGUGUCUCUGAGCCCCUCACUCCUCAAAUGCAAAUAAAUACCUGUGACCCCGCA